CCGACACUUCACCAUUUCAUUGCUAAAAAAAUCACUUCACUCAAAACUUCAUCAUCAACUUACUCCUAUUCUUAUUCCUUUGCAUUUGUCAUCGAUAAUUCUUAGUUAGCUCGCACAAACUUCAACAAUUAUGAAGAAAGUGUUGUUGAAAGUGGACUUUUAUAAUGAUAGAAUCAAGCAAAAAGUUAUGAAGACAGCAUCUAGCCUUCCAGGGGCUGAAUCAGUAGCAAUAGACUCGAAAGAGAAGAAAUUGACAUUAUCGGGGGAUAUUGAUCCUGUAAAGGCAGUGUGCAAGCUAAGAAAGUUGUGUCAAACUGAAAUAGUAUCAAUUGGACCUUUAAAAGAUGAGAAGAAGGAUUCAACAAAUACAAAUGAAGUUAUUCCAGUUCAAUACUUUGACACCUAUCCAUUUUAUUAUCAGAUGACCCAACCACGAUAUUUUCAAUAUUACUACUAUGUUUGAUGUGCAUAAUAAGAAAACAAUCUUUUAUUGAGUUUGAUAAGCGUCACCACCAACCAUUUCUUAUUACAGGAAACAUCAUAAAAUAUAUGUAGUGUUUGAAACAUGUAAGUCCAAGCGGUGCUUCAAUUUGUUACAAAUGAGUAAGUUGGUCAAUACAUCAACUAUAUUUUCUAAAGUAUGAACUUUUUCAUGUAAUAUCUAUCAAGGUGUAAGUAAAUCUCUAAUGUGUGAUACCUCACAUCAAUAUGUUUGGUUUGGGCAUCAUACACCUCAAUGUUUGCCAAAUAAAUGGCACAUUGACUAUCACAUUUCAAUCGAACUCCACAUUGUUUAACACCCAA